AUGUCGAUCAUCCCAAGCUUCUUUAAUGACCGGCAAACCAUCUACGAUCUAUUCAACUGUCCCUUCUCAACUUCCCUAUCUAUUCCUCGCUCCCAAUUCUCCAAUGAAACAGCUGCGUUUGCCAAUGCCCGAAUCGAUUGGAAGGAGACCCCAGAAGCCCAUAUCUUCAAAGCUGAUCUUCCUGGUAUCAAGAAGGAAGAAGUGAAGGUUGAAGUGGAAGAAGGCAGAGUUCUCCAGAUCAGUGGAGAGAGGAGCAAAGAGCAGGAAGAGAAGAGUGACCAUUGGCACCGGGUUGAGCGUAGCAGUGGCAAGUUCCUGCGCAGGUUCAGGUUGCCUGAGAAUGCCAAGAUCGAUCAGGUGAAGGCUGCAAUGGAGAAUGGAGUGCUCACUGUCACCGUGCCCAAGGAAGAAAUAAAGAAGGCAGAGGUCAAAACCAUUGAAAUCUCUAGCUAGAAGUUCUUGUUCUGUUACA